UUUCCCCCACCCCUCAAGCUAGGCUGAGCUGUGCCUACGUCGGCCUCGACUCCCGGGGGCUGGAGGAGUUACCUUUGGAGCCCGAAAGGAGGAAGGAAGCAAAAUAUCAACAACAGCCGAGGCGGCUCAGGCGCUCGGCCCCGGUUCCCCGCUUGCCCGCCGCCCGCCUGCUGGCCCCCGCGCCCACGACGGGGGCCCAGGCCCCACGGCGCCGCCCAGGGCCCGCGCGGACGCCGGCCUCAUUUAUUAUUCCCCCCGCCCGGAGCUGCGGCUUCCCGGUGUUGAAGAUCCCCCGGACCAGGGGCGAGGGCUACCCGCUCUUUGCCGUGACAACACCGUUCCCCCAGCCGGGCUGGACGGGGCAAUGGAAAGGAGGCCCACGGAGACCUGAGAGGAGGAGGAGAAAUUGAAGGGAAGAGAAAACCAGGAUUCCUCAGCAGAGGGCAGAGAAUCAGCCUUUGGUGGCAAGGAGGCUGUGCAGAAGGUAUCCUGCAGACCAUGAACUGAGCACUGUUCCCAGACCGUUCAUGAGCACAGUGUAAGGUGUGCCGAGACCCACCACCCAGCGAGCCCCUCCCCUCCGUAGCACUGAGGACCCCCGGAGAAGAUGGGGAGGAAAAAGAUUCAGAUCCAGCGAAUCACCGACGAGCGGAACCGACAGGUGACUUUCACCAAGCGGAAGUUUGGCCUGAUGAAGAAGGCGUAUGAGCUGAGCGUGCUAUGUGACUGCGAGAUCGCACUCAUCAUCUUCAACCACUCCAACAAGCUGUUCCAAUACGCCAGCACCGACAUGGACAAGGUGCUGCUCAAGUACACGGAGUACAAUGAGCCACACGAGAGCCGCACCAACGCCGACAUCAUCGAGACCCUGAGGAAGAAGGGCUUCAACGGCUGCGACAGCCCCGAGCCCGACGGGGAGGACUCGCUGGAACAGAGCCCCCUGCUGGAGGACAAGUACCGACGCGCCAGCGAGGAGCUCGACGGGCUCUUCCGGCGCUAUGGGUCAGCUGUCCCGGCCCCCAACUUUGCCAUGCCUGUCACGGUGCCCGUGUCCAAUCAGAGCUCACUGCAGUUCAGCAAUCCCAGCGGCUCCCUGGUCACCCCUUCCCUGGUGACGUCAUCCCUCACGGACCCGCGGCUCCUGUCCCCCCAGCAGCCAGCACUACAGAGGAACAGUGUGUCUCCUGGCCUGCCCCAGCGGCCAGCUAGUGCGGGGGCCAUGCUGGGGGGUGACCUGAACAGUGCUAACGGAGCCUGCCCCAGCCCUGUCGGGAAUGGCUACGUCAGUGCUCGGGCUUCCCCUGGCCUCCUCCCUGUGGCCAAUGGCAACAGCCUAAACAAGGUCAUCCCUGCCAAGUCUCCACCCCCACCUACCCACAGCACCCAGCUUGGAGCCCCCAGCCGCAAGCCCGACCUGCGAGUCAUCACUUCCCAGGCAGGAAAGGGGUUAAUGCAUCACUUGACUGAGGACCAUUUAGAUCUGAACAAUGCCCAGCGCCUUGGGGUCUCCCAGUCUACCCAUUCGCUCACCACCCCAGUGGUUUCUGUGGCAACGCCGAGUUUACUCAGCCAGGGCCUCCCCUUCUCUUCCAUGCCCACUGCCUACAACACAGAUUACCAGUUGACCAGUGCAGAGCUCUCCUCCUUACCAGCCUUUAGUUCACCUGGGGGGCUGUCGCUAGGCAAUGUCACUGCCUGGCAACAGCCACAGCAGCCCCAGCAGCCGCAGCAGCCACAGCCUCCACAGCAGCAGCCACCGCAGCCACAGCAGCCACAGCCACAGCAGCCUCAGCAGCCGCAACAGCCACCUCAGCAACAGUCCCACCUGGUCCCUGUAUCUCUCAGCAACCUCAUCCCGGGCAGCCCCCUGCCCCACGUGGGUGCUGCCCUCACAGUCACCACCCACCCCCACAUCAGCAUCAAGUCAGAACCGGUGUCCCCAAGCCGUGAGCGCAGCCCUGCGCCUCCCCCUCCAGCUGUGUUCCCAGCUGCCCGCCCUGAGCCUGGCGAUGGUCUCAGCAGCCCAGCCGGGGGAUCCUAUGAGACAGGAGACCGCGAUGACGGACGGGGGGACUUCGGGCCCACACUGGGCCUGCUGCGCCCAGCCCCAGAGCCUGAGGCUGAGGGCUCAGCUGUGAAGAGGAUGCGGCUCGAUACCUGGACAUUAAAGUGACGAUUCCCACUCCCCUCCUCUCAGCCUCCCUGAUGAAGAGUUGACAAUCUCACCGCCCGCCCUUCCCUGCCCCGGGCUCCUCCCGCUCGACCCCCACUUCCUUUCUUGUGCUUCGUGUCCUGUUGACGGUUACAUUUGUGUAUAAUUAUUAUAUUAUUAUUAUUAUUAUUAUAUUUUUUUUAAUUUGGAUUCUCGCUUUGGAGAGGGGGAUGCUCUCAUCCCCUCUUUCUGUACCCCCCACCAUUUUCACUGGCUGGGGGGCUCUCUUUUUCGCGGGAAGGGGGGACACUUUGCACGUUGUACACAUAUGCUGCAGGAAGGGGGUGGGGGGCCCAAUAAGGCCUUUGGGAAAGGACAGGUGCCGAGCCCUGCAUGUGGAGCCCUCCCACCCCACCCCCAGAUAGAGGGAAAUAACCAAAAAACUACCAAACAACAGAAACCCACACUCUAGACUGAAACCCCAAAGUGGGCUUGAUGGGUGGGUUUGUGUUUCAAGGGGAAAGUGAGGCAGAGGUUCUGAAAAGGGUCUCUGUUUUUGGGUUCAUGUAGCCAUAGGCACAUGGAGCAGAAUACCUAAGCCUGGCCCCCAAAUGCCCCUGCACACACACGUGCCACACCUGCGCUGAUUCUUGUGUGUGCUGCACCCCCAAGGUGUGUGGGUGCUGGCUGAGCUUUGGGCUGGGAAGGCAGCCUGGGAAUCUGAGGCUGGAGACAGGGGUUUGAGGUGGGGGCCUCUCUGGAAGCACAUUUGGAGAGAAAGACAGAGAGCCAUGAGGAGAGGGCUGAGGAGGGCAGAAGGGCUAGGCAGGGGGCAAACUGGGCCCCUCCCUUCCCCAGCUUUUCUCUAAGAUAUACAGUGCAAUAGCUCCCCACCCCUCAGUUGACGCCAGCCCUGUAAAGCUGGCCACAAUGUGCAGGGAGAAUGGGGAGAGGGUCUUCAGUGAGGUGGCUGGGGCGAGAGUCGGCCUGGACUUCCUUGGGGUGCUCCAGGCCAGAGCUCUUUCAUUGGGGCGAGUGUGGUGAGGGGACGUCCUUGGCUUUGCACGCACACUACCUGGGGGAGUCAACACUGGGAUGGUCUGUGGGGUGGGAGGGCCUACGGAUGGGUCCGUAGAGGUCCCACCUCCCUCAUUCCUCCUUGGCCCCUCUCCCUAGCUUCUCCUGUUAGCUUCUUCUGCUCCUGACCCCACCUCCUUGCUCUUGGUGCCCCCAUUGUCUCUGGCUACCUCCUUGUCCCACCACCUCCAGGCUGCAUCCCACCUUCCCUCUUGGCUACUGUAAUUGUAAAUAGCGACCUUUGGAAAACAUUAGCGGUGUAACAGUCCAGGAAACUGUUUUUUGUUGUUGUUGUUGUAUUGAUAUGAAAUGAGAUUCUAUUUUUGUCAAAGUAUAUUGUAAUAAUAAUGACUCAAACGGCCCGUACUGUACA